UUGUGAAAUGACAGAAGAGAACAGAAUAGUUAUUAUUGUGCUGUGCUAUGUAAUAAAGUGGUUAUUUUAAGAUAAAACUUCGUAUUUCGUUAAAAAUAAAUAAGUUAAAUUAAAUGUACUGAUUUAAUAUAUAAGUUCAGGAGAGUUCUGUUCAACAGGAACAUGCGUAUAAUAAUUUUGUCAUUAACACUGUUGCUAUGCAGUGUGUAUAUUACACAGGCAUAUGAAGACCAGACAUUAGAGGAUGAUGACUUUGCAGAGUUUGAACAGUUUGAGGUGGAUGAUGAAGAAGCCCAGGAUGGAGAUUUCAGCGAUGAAGAUGUACCAGUGUUAAAGCCAAAAUUAUCACCAAACAAAGACCAAUUUGAAGCAAAUAUUGAUAUAGAUGAUGACAUUAUAGUUGAGGAUGAGGACAGUGAGUUUGAACAUUUCCAAGAUCCCGAGGAAUUUGAAGGGUUCCAGGACACCACUCCUAAAAGUUCUGAACAACCCAAGAUUACAAUUUCCAAGGUUCCUAUAAUGGUGCGUCCACGAUGGGACGCCUACUGGCUAGAGGGCAUCCUCUGUUGCUUGCUCGCGGCGUACGCGCUCGCGUACGCAGUUGGGCGCGCCAAGAAUACGUCCAUUGCAACCAACUUCCUGAAGUUACAUAAGCCAUUGUUGGACGAUAACUUUACUCUAGUCGGUGAGACCGGUCAUGAUGUGGUCGCGGCGGGCGACGAGCGCGGGUGGCGCCGGGAGGCCGAGCACUGUUUCACCAUGUGGUGUAGCGGUAGACAGUGUUGUGAGGGAAUGCUUCUUACACUGAAACUUAUAAAGCGUCAAGAUCUUGUGCACGUGCUAUUAGGGGUAGUGCGACCCACUCCGGACACUUUACUCAUUCGUGUGGAACUUGGCAAAGACGACAGCGACCCCUACGUGCUGUGUGUUGCGCAGAAAAAGAUCGCCACCCGCCUCGCUAAAGAAAUGCAGGACCUGAGCAUGUUCUGCCCGGAGAAGCGGCCAGGCGACAAGCACGGGCUCCCUGCAGCGCUCUCGGUGCUGUCGGAAUGCGCUGAAGCGACGGCGGGGCUGCUGGACGCGCGGGUCACUGCCGCCUUGGAGCAGUACCACAAGAACGUGCAAUACAUACACGUGUCCGACCGCUAUUGCGGUCCCAAACAGAUGGAGGAAACAGUAGCGACCAAGCCUCCGGACACGGAGCGAGUGAUGCUAGUCAGCCUGGCGUUGGGCCCCGACGGCGGCGGCGAGGAAGUCCGACCGCUGCUGCUGCUCGUGUUCUACUUGCUAGACAAGAUCAAGAGGCUGCGGUUGAGCAAAGAGGCGUUGUCCAAAUGUGAGAAGCGUCGUCAGAAGGCGGCCGAGGCGUGGGUGCGCGGAGCACACGCCGCCAGGCAGGAGCAAGCCGCGCUGAGGAGAGAAGAGAAGAGAAAGCAAGAGAAGGAGAAGAUACUGGCAGAGGACGACCCAGAGAAGCAACGCCGUUGGGAGUUAAAAGAACAAAAGCGCCAGCAGAAACGCAAGGCGCCCAAAAUGAAACAACUCAAAGUGAAGGCUUUGUAAUCCGAUCAGUGCAUCGAUGAGCAAUAAUUUUAAUGCAAUAUUAUUUAAACAGAUUUUUGUUACCUAUCCUAAGUGUUACAGCGACAGUCAAGUGAAUAAAGUGAUUUAAUUAUA